AUGCCCAAGAAAGCAAGCAGCAAAGGGCAAAUAACCGGAACAAAAGGGGUGAAAAAGUCCAAAAGACGAGGACAAAAACUGAAAGAUAGUGAGCUGCGAGCAAGGCUGGACAAGGCUGUUCAAGAGCGCGAUGAAGCGAAAGAUCACGGGCUCGAUCCUGACAAGACUGACCAGUCCAGUAUCCCCAAGGCGUUAUCAAAACUAUUAGAAAAACCCCCACGAGCAAAAAGACCCCGUGCCCCAGAACACUUUAAUGAUAUCCUAGAUGGACUCAGUGAUCUCAAGACAGAUUCCAAGUAA